AUGACAACCACUGGACUACAGAUUCCUGGAUUGGAUCAGGCACAUAAAAAGCAUCACAGUGCAUCAAAAGCCACACGUUCCCAUGAAGCUAUACCUGUCGACAACUAUAAACAAUUACCUACGCCGAUAGCCAAUAUAUCACAACACUGUUCACAGCAUGGAAGAAAAUUCCAGAUUUAUUGUCCGCAACAUGAAAGUCUCUGUUGUCCAUUGUGUACUCAGUCCAAUCAUGCUAACUGUGUUGGGAUAUUAUCGCUGGAGGAAGUCAUACAAACAGCAAAGACUUCAGUCUUAUUGGAAAGUCUUAAUAAGAAUUUGAAAGAUAUCAAAAUAAAUAUCGAGAGGAUCGUUAAAGAUAGGAAACAAAAUCUUACUGAAAUUCAGAAACAAAAGCAGAAAUUUCACGUUGAAUUAAAGCAGGUCCGUAAUAAAGUUAACGAACACCUUGACACUCUAGAACAACGGAUACUUCAGGAUCUUUAUGCUGCCGAAAAUAAAGUUAAAUCACAAAUUGAGGACUUGCUAGCAAAACUUGCUGAAAAUACAGAAAAUGUGAAUUCAAUGGAAAAUAAUAUUUUAGCCAUCAAAGAUUAUGCUUCAGACCUUCAAUCAUUUCUAGGGAGUAAAAUGAUUGAAACAGAAGUUCAAAAAUAUGAGAUGUUUAUACAGUCUUUAUUUGACGAUGGAAGUUUGCGGAAGAUGGACAUAAACUGUAAAAUUGAGGACAAGAUAACCGACGUAUUGACAACUGUUGCUUCACUAGGUACAAUAUCCAUCGAAUCAAGCUCUGCAUUGGUUGUUAUGAAGACAGGGAAAGAAACACAAGCACAACACGUACCACCAUUUACUAUUAAUGAUAUAACAAUGACAUUACAAAGUAAAUUAACAUUUUCUAAUAUCACCGGAUGUUCCAUUUCUUCUACAGGAGACAUCAUUCUAAUAGACUGCAGCAUUAAUCGUCUGUUGAUUUUUUUAAACGAAGAUGGAACCUUUAAGAGUGACAUACCUAUGUCACAUUCGUACCCAGUUGACUGUACUUGUAUCGAUGACAAGACAGUCGCUAUUUCUUUUCCUAAUUCAAAACUAUUACAAAUCUUAAAAGUUUCAACUAAAACAGUUGAUCGCACAAUAAAAACGGAAGAUAAAUGCUACGGUUUAUGUUACUUGGGUGGCUAUUUAUUCUACUGUGAUACUGGCAGAGGUAUUCAGAAAGUAAAUAUGUCAGACAAUUGCUCUUCUACUUUGGUUAAAGACGACACCUUGUCACAAUGGAGUUAUGUAGCAACAUCUAAAGACAGGAUAGUUUAUACCAAUAACUCUUACCAUGCAGUAACUUGCUGCUCGUUGGCUGGAGAAAAGAUGUGGGAAUACAAAAAUCAAUUAGUUCGUACUCCGUGAGGGAUAUCUGUAGAUAAAGACUCUAAAAUUUAUAUUGCUUCAACUGGUAACUGUAGUCUAAUUGUAUUGUCGUCGGAUGGAAAACAAGCAAGACAGCUGCUUGGAAGUAAUGAAGAAAUUAGUCAUCCUUGUGGACUCGCGUUUGAAGUAACGAAAAAAAAAUUAUUAGUUGCGAAUUAUAGUGGAACUGCAUUAUACAGACUAAGUUGCAAUUGAAGUGAUGAUAACGUAGUUGACAGCUGCAAAGCAGUUUUUGUAGAAAUAUUAAAAUCUAUCUGAUAUCUAUUGAAAUGACAAACACAUUAAUGAGUAUUAAUCACAUAUAUUCAUUUUCUUUACUUAAUUUCAUUUCAGUUAUUUGCUUUA